UUUGGGACUUUUUUAACUAUUCGCCGAGUCUCCCCAUUCUUCCCAUGCCACAACAUCUGGCUCUCUUCCCCGACCGUGCAACCGCCCGACACAAAGGUCUCGAAAUUUCAUCUCAUAUCUGAGCGCAACUGUCCAGUUUUCCCUUUUAAUAGUCUAUAGCACGAAUUAGCGCAACCGCCGACAUCACCACGGCUGACCUGGCGCUUCCCUUCUCAGACUCCGGUGGCACGCCGCAGCCGCCGCCGCAGUCACAGUCGCAGUCGCAAUCGCUGCGGAAGCUUGCUAUGAGCCAUCUGAUGGGUGCAGCAUCGUCAGCCCCGUCGUCGCCUAGAAUAUACGCCAAUGGAAACCACCCUGAUGGAGAUGUUCACUUUCAACAUGGCGCCCUGCCGCCCCCGGGAACAUCUUCCCUGACCAAUGCGUUGAAGACGUUGAACCUCGAUGCCAGCGUUUCCCAUCUCCCCGGCAGCGCUCAGUAUGACUCGCCCUACUCGCGCAGCAUCUCUUCGACGGCGCCGACCUCACCGCGGAUCCCCCCUGUCCGACAAAACUCCGGCAGCCAUACGCCGCGAAUUCGGCCGCAUGCGACCACGCUCAACAUUCCGGGCAUGACCCGCUCGAGGGCGUCCCCAGAUGGGCGCAUCCCCGAUAGGGACGUCGCGGCAAAACUGGUGAUCAUCAUGGUUGGCCUGCCCGCCAGAGGCAAGUCCUACAUCACCAAGAAGAUCCACCGAUACCUGUCCUGGCAACAACACAACGCCAAGAUUUUCAACGUGGGCCACCGGAGACGCAUCGCUGCUGGUGUGGCCAAUCCGUCCGAUUCGUCGCCGACUACGACGUCCAACAGGAUCGAUGUGCCUAGCCAGGCCGCGACGAUCCUGUCGAAAAGCGCGCAGGGGCCCGAUAUCGUCGUGGAGAGCGAGCCGACGAAAUUGGACCUCAACAACCCCGCGGCUGAUGGGAAGCCCCGCGAAAAGAUGGACCAGUCGGCCAAGUUCUUCGACCCAAAGAACGAAGCCGCGGCUAAGCUCCGCGAGCAGGUGGCUCUGGAUACCCUCGACGAGCUUCUUACAUAUCUCCUCCAACAGGGAGGUGCCGUGGGUAUCCUGGAUGCCACCAACAGCACGAUCCACCGGCGACGGCUUCUUGUGGAGCGCAUCAAGGCGAGAGAGCCAAAGUUGGGUAUCCUUUUUAUUGAGAGCAUCUGCCACGAUCAAAAUCUCCUGGAGGCGAACAUGCGUCUCAAGCUCUUUGGACCGGACUAUAAGGACAAGGACCCGCGCCAGGCCCUGGAGGAUUUUAGGCUGAGGGUCAAGGCGUACGAGAGUGCGUAUGAACCCUUGGGCCAGUGGGAGGAGGAAAACGAUCUGCAAUACAUCCAGAUGAUCGACGUCGGCCGGAAGAUCAUCCAAUUCCGCCUCAGGGGUUUCCUAAGCGGCGGCAUCGCCUCGUACCUGACGACAUUCAAUCUGUCACCGAGACAGAUUUGGAUCACACGCCACGGGCAGAGCGAGGACAACCGGCUCAACAAGCUGGGGGGCGAUUCCGAGCUAACCGAACGGGGCCACUGCUAUGGGCACGCCCUCUACAACUUCAUUACUUACAAGCGCAAGGAGUGGCUCAUCCAGCAGAAGAACAAGAUCGCCAGCUCGACUUUCCCGCCGGAGCCCGGCGACAACACGCCGCCGUAUCCGGAGCCGAACAAGGAGCUCGACGACAAGAACUUUUGCGUGUGGACGUCGAUGCUCAAGCGCAGCAUCGAGACGGCGGAGUACUUCGAGGCGGACGACGACUACGACGUCAAAGCGUGGGAGAUGUUGAACGAGAUGAACGCGGGCGCGUUCGAGGGCAUGACGUACGAUGAGAUUGCCGAAAAGUACCCGGAGGAGUAUGCGAAGCGGGCGAAGGACAAGCUCGGGUACAUCUAUCCCGGGGUCGGGGGGGAAGGCUACCUCCAGGUGAUCAGCCGCCUCCGCGACAUGGUGCGCGAGAUCGAGCGCAUCACGGAUCACGUCCUCAUCAUCUCGCACCGGUCCGUCUGUCGGGUGCUGAUGGCCUAUUUCAUGGACCUGACGAGAGAGGACAUUGCGGACCUCGACCUUCCGCUCGGCUUACUGUACUCCAUCGAGCCGAAGCCGUAUGGGAUCGAGUUCCACGCGUAUAAGUACAACGAGGCGACCGAGUGGUUCGACGAGAUCCCCGACUACAAGCCCCGGAAGACGGUGGACAGAAACAAGUGAAGUGAGCGAGCGAGCGGCCGCUGGGUCGGGUACCGCCGUUGUACAAAUACGCAGCAAUUUGGGGGUUGGGUGAUGGGACACGGGGCGAUUGUGCUCUGGCGUUGUCGGUUGCUUUAUUUGCCGGUGUCCUGGUGGACAACCUCUGCUCGUUUCAUUUUCCCCUUGCACUGCGGCGCAUACAAUGGGACAAGGCUGCCUAUGGGUGUGAUAUCUGGGCAAUGAAGGACUAGGGUCCGGCAAUACAGAGGAUGGUGGGGCAGCAAACACGGACGGGAUGCGGCGUGUAUUUUGGCUUUGGGAGGGUUCCAGGAGUAC